AUUUGCUUUCUAUUGUGUGUGAACUUGGUGUCUAAAGUUCCGUGUGGUUGAACAAUAUUUUAACUGAGAACAUUGUUUAAAAUGCCAGGACGCAGGAAAGUGUCACUGAGGCAAAUGGAGCUGCUUCUAGAGUUUGCGCAUUCCCAUCGCGACAUAGCGUUGGGCCGCUUUCCGCCAGGUCCUCAGGGAGUGCGGGACACUCGAGAAGCAUGGCGGUCGAUUUCGGUGGCACUUAACUGUGUCGGCAGCGGAGCCACUAAAACGCCGGACCAAUGGCGCCGAUAUUGGAUAGAGUUCAAAGCAAAAACAAAAGGAAAAGCUGCAGACAUGCGGAGGAGCACAUCUGCGACUGGUGGAGGCCCUAACAGGCUGGUCCCUCUUAACUAUAUAGAGGAAAAGGUGCUGGCUUUGUUAGGCCCUGUUGUGGUUGAGGGAUUGCCUGGUGUGCGCUUGCCCAUUGAUAUAUUGUCACUUGGUGACCCACCAACUUCCCAGCCAUCGAUGUCUGGAGCUGUGGCUGUACACACCUCACAGCCUCCGGUGCCUCCUAAGCCCUCAACCUCUACUUAUGAUGAGCAGAUAAUGGAGGUUGAAUGGCUUGACGACAGCCUUCUAGAGGGGACACAGCCUGUGGAGCAGAUGCCUGCUGCAGAGGCUGUGGAGCAGAUGCCUGCUGCAGAGGCUGUGGAGCAGACGCCUGCUGCAGAGGCUGUGGAGCAGACGCCUGCUGCAGAGGCUGCGGAGCAGACGCCUGCUGCAGAGGCUGUGGAGCAGAUGCCUGCUGCAGGGGCUGUGGAGCCCACACUAUCCAGUGAGGCUGCUAUUAGGAAUUCUGAGAGAGAUGGUCCACAAUGUUCAACCCCGAGCCAGCGUCAACGACCACGACGAGCGAAUGUUCGCAGAGAGGAGUCAAUACCUCGUUGGGCCUAUGACCUGGAAUUGAGGAGAAUAGAGGUGGAGACCCGACUCACAGAAGCAGUGGAGGGGAUGCUUGGGGUUUUAAGAGACAUUCGGGACGACUACCGCCGGCAAACAAACCGGGAAUGAUUACCUACUGCGUUGGUCUAGUUGUCGUUCCGAAUGUUGCAAACAAUGUAUCCUCCGCGGCCCCCCCCUCUAUCUUUUGGGUCCAAUGUUUAAAAACGUCAGCGGUUUUACCCAUGCCCAUAGGACCCCUUGUAAGUGGAUGUCUACACCCUACGUUGUGAUUGUUAAUUAGUUUUUAUAUUAAAAAAGAUUUUAAUUAGAAUAAUUAUUAUUAAGUGAAAUUUUAAAUAAUGUUGUACCUUUUAUUCUAAGAAUAAAUAGCGUUUAUAAGA